AUGUCCAUGUUGCCGUGCCGUGUGUUGUGUUUGUUGGCCAUUGUGCUCUGCUGUGUGGGUGUGGCUCAUGCUGCUGCUGGUCCAUCAACAGGUAUGAACAAAUAUGUAGAGGAUGCACGUGAGCUGGCGGAAGAGACCAAGAAACUUAAGGUGGAGUGUGAGAAGGCCGGUACGACUGCUCGACAGGCCGCGGAUGAAGCUCAACUAUUUGUUUUUUCCACUAAGGAUCAAAUCAAAACAAUUGCUGCUGACCCAGAAAAAGUGAACAAAACGAAGAUUCAAUGUCAUGAACUCAUUGAUAAGGCCAUGAAGGCUGCCGCUGAAGCGAGAAUAGUGGGCAGUAAAACGACAGACAGUCUAACUAAAACUGAAACAGCUGCCAGCAUUGGUCUACCACCAGAAGAUGCUAAGGCAGCAAUGGAAGCAGCUGGUGAAGCAGACAAAGCGGUACGUGUUGCUGGAGAAUAUGCCGACGAUGCGGUAGGUGCUGCCCAACGUGUGGGGAAUAUCCUGAAGGAACUCGACGCCGAAGUUGCUGCAGCUGAAAAGAAAGAAAAACAAAAACAGCACUACCGUUCUACUUUUACUCUUAAUAUUCACGGAGAUAAUCUCGAUGCCUUACUCAAUGGUGCAGCGAAUAACAGUAGUAUGGCAUUAAAUGACGGCAGCAGCAGCCCUGCGUUACUGCGUGUUCCACUCCUGCUGCUGCUUCUCUCUGUGCUGGGCUGCAUGACCUUGUGUUAA